AUAAGCAUUGGGCGUAGCCAACACAACAAUUUGGAAUAUCUUGAAAAAGAGAAAAGAAAAGAAACCAGUAAAAACACCCAGACAUCGAACAAGUUGGUCAUGAAAAACAAGAGUGUCUCGAAUGGGCUCACUAAUCAUUAAUAUGUUGACUUGACAAAGCCAACGUACUGUUCUGCUGAAAAUGUCACUAUUGUUAUCUCACAUACUUUAAUAUUAUUAUUAUUAUUAUUAUUAUUAUUAUUAUUAUUAUUAUUAUUAUUAUAUUGCCUUGACAAAGCCAACAUACUGUUCUACUUGAAAAAGAGAAAAGCAAAGAAACCACUAGAAACAACCAGACAUCGAACAGGCUGGUCAUGGAAAACAACAGCAGUUGAUGACAGAAGCAUUGUGAGAAAUACCCAAAAACAGCAGUCAUUGACAUCGCCAACAAAGGUAUCACAAAAUCACAAAAAAAUUCGCCUUGCCUUUCCAAUACUUUCAGAGGGGACUGUAAAUGGUCAUUUAGUGAAUCGCUGUUUGUGGGAACAUAUGCAGCGUCUCAGCAAGCCAGUAGAUUUUCAUUUUAAACCAUCUGCCUCCUGGACUGAACCUUGGCUAGUCAAGAAGUUACUAUACUAAAACAACAUGUAGAAAGGUGAUUUACACCUGUUUUACAUAAUGUCUAGUGUACUAGUAUUUAAUGCGACUUGGAACGUAUGCCCCAUGCACCUCCACCUGUGCGUAGGCUGUAUGAAUUGAGCUCAGUGUACAUUUCCCCGAGUGUCAGAGGGAAGCAGGACACAAUGUCGAUAGAACCUGCACAGUAAGGAGGAGCUAAAGACAUUAUAGUGUGUACCCUCACAACUAGUAGGACAAACACCAGUAAGCGUCAACGUGCCCCAAGACAGCGAGCAGAUUGCUUAGAAUCGAAGAUAUGGGAUCGGAAGAUUUGCGUUUAUUAACAAUAAUCUUAAUGAUCAUGUGCACAUCGAAGAUGUGUGCGGGGCAAAACGACAUAACUGUGUCCGUUUUCACCGUCACGUCUAAAAGUAUGACGGUUCUCUGGAGCGGACAGUCUGACGCGAGCUCCUUCAAUGUGACCGCCACACCGAAAAACUCGCGUGAGCAGCCCGUGUUCACGCAGUUCAGCAGCAGCACGGUAAUGGGCUCCGUGAACUCACUCUCCCCGAACACGGUGUACACGAUGCGUGUGGAGUCUAUGAACAGCUCCGUGAACGUACUCAGCAGCGCCGAGACCGAGGAGACAACGGCACCCGAGGUUCCUUCCAUUGUGCAGGCCUACUCCAAACACAGCGACAGCAUCACAGUGGAAUUUCGCGAGGUGUCAGGUGCCACGGCAUACAUCCUGCGGGCAGAGAACAAUGACGGAUUCUUUUCAGAGAGUGUGGUGUAUAGCUCGCCAGGUACCAUACUCAACCUGAGGGCCUACACCAAUUAUACACUUAGUGUCAUGUCAAGGAACAGUGGUGGCCGUAGCCAGCCCUCAUGCCCAGUCUAUGCCAGGACAGUGGUUGUAGCCCCAGCACUGCGCUCUGUGUCACCCACUGAGGACAGUAUUGUGGUGAGCUGGGAUCCCGUGGAACAUGCAGUUCAGUAUACACUGUGUGUCAUCAUGGAGGAAUCAGAUGCCCUGUUCAAGGUCAAUACCUCCCAGACCAACAUGACAUUCAGCAGUCUAGAUCCAGGGGUCACUUACUGCAUCAAAGCCACAGCCUGGGACCCCAAUAGCAUCCCUGGAGAUGACAUUACCAUCUAUCAGAUCACCCGUCCCCCUGUUCCUGCAGGUGUGCAGGUUUCACUGACCCUGGAGAGAAUCAUGGGACUAGCUGUAUAUUGGGAGGCUGUGCGUGGUGCAAGUCUCUACUUUGCCCUGAGCUCUAUGGGGCAGAACUGUACCUCCAUGGGAGACCCGUUCUGCAUCAUCAGCCCUAUAGGAUGCAGUGAGAACCACACACUCACCGUCAUGGCUGAGAACCAAGCUGGCCCCAGCAGCCCAUCCCAGCCAAAGGACCUGCUCACCUUCCCAUGCCCUCCAGUCUCAGUGGAGGUAGAUGAGCCCUCUGUAGGGAACUGCUCCGUGACAUGGACCAGGGUUCCAUGGGUGGAGUACUACAUGGUGUACAUAAACAGAGAUGAUGGAGCAGAGGAGCAGUGCAACACCACCAACACCAUCUGCUAUUUCCACUGCGACUGUGGCUACACCUACAUGACUACUGUAUUUGUCUACAAUGUGGCUGGUGCCAGCCCUCCAGGACCAAUUCUCAACUACACCACUGUCCCCUGCUGUCCACAGAAUGUUUAUGUCUCUCUUGUUUCGACGGAGACACUGGAGGUCACAUGGCCAGCAGUGCGUGGAGCAGAUCUGUAUGAGACUGUGGCGGCAGAUGGAUCAGACACACUGCACUGCACUGACACCGUGCCCAUAUGUGCCCUGUCUGACCUUACCUGCAACAGCCUGUACAGUGUUGUAAUCAGACCCUGCGGUGAGAUACGUGGCUGCAACAAUACCUGCACACCAAAAACACAGGAAACAGCCCCAUGUGCUCCUGAGAUCCUGAACCUCACCCAGGUGAGCAGAUCUGCUGUGCAGGUAUCAUGGAGGGCUACCAACAAACAAGCCAACUACACAGUGAAUGCUUUUGGCAGUGCCAGCACCCUUACUUGCUCAUCCACCAAUACUUCUUGUGGUAUCACCAACCUACCUUGCGGGGAUACUUAUGAGGUCAGCGUAUACGCCACCACCACUGUGGGGCAUAGUUUGCCCAGCUAUAGCAUCACUAUGGAAACAGGACCCUGCUGUCCCGAGACUCUCAGUGUGGAACAGGUGACACAGUCCAUGACCAGUGUGAAGUGGUCAUCCUCCAAGGGAGGCUGGUCUUAUGUCACCUCGCUGUCAUCAUCACGAGGUCAUGCAAAGUGCCAUACCAUGGACACACACUGCUUAAUGGGAUGCAUCACAUGUGGCACCAACUACAACGUCUCAGUGGAGGCCAUGAGCAUUACGGGACACCAGUCCUUAUGCAACUAUCACGGCUUUUCUUCCAGCACUUGUUGUCCUUCUGGUGUGAGGCUGUACCGAAUGGUCAAUAACACACUUCGUGUGUCCUGGAGAGGUUCAGAUAGUGUCAAUGGGUACUCAGCUGAACUUUCCAGCAACAGCGCCAACUACACAUGCAGGCCAGUGCUGGGUGUCAGCUCAUGUGACAUAGACAGUGUACUGUGUGGUGACACCUACAGUGUGGUGGUUGCACCACUCACACUCCAAGGUUCCAAAGUCUUAUUCUGCCCCAGGAGACUAUACUCUGUUUCCUGUGUUGGCAACAGUGUUGGAAUGGUUAUUUAUCGUGGAAAAAGGAGUGUGGAUUAGCAGCUUCCAUUUUAAGGGUCUCUCUGUCAAUUGAGAGGCCAUUGAGAAAAUGAGAAAAGGAGAAGAAAAACUUUAAAGAGUAGGAAUAUAUACUUAUAUUAUACAUAGUUUCCUUUAUACUGUAUACCAAGGAUUAAUGGAAUAGAUUAUCAAAUGUUAAAAAUUAUAUAAUUUGCCAUUACCCUCUUUGUGUUGGCAUACCAUAUUUAGAUAAAUGUAUUUAUAAAGUGGCAGGCAAUUUAGCAGUGAACUAUACUAUGAAUGUCUGUUCAUAAUUACUGUUAUUGUAUCUGGAUAAAAUAUUUGAAAGAAAAUAUUUGAACUCCACCAAAAUAUAAAUCUUUAAAACAAGUAUAAAUGUGUCUCGGAUGUGGGUUAUAUGUGGGUGACAGUAAGUUCUGAGACAUGAAUGUGAUUUUGAUUAUGUACAAGAUAGUUUAUAUAUGUUGAUGGCUUACUGCCAACAAUA